AUGAUCGCGAUGGACCCAGACCCCGCGGUCCCCCUCCUCCGAGCCAACGUCACCCCGAUCCCGCCCCUCAACGAAUCCACCACCGCCCUAGCCACCUUCGCCUCCUGGCUGGUCUCCCAGGACACCAAGAUCGUGCUCAUCGGCGACGCGUCACACGGCACGUCCGAGUUCUACGCCGCCCGGGCCGAGCUCACCAAGCACCUGAUCUCGGAGCACGGCUUCAACAUCGUCGCGGUGGAAGCCGACUGGCCCGACGCCGAAGCCGUCGACAGGUACGUGCGCCAUCGGCCGGGCCCGGGGCCGCGCGCGAGCGUGGGACCCGCGGGCGAGGCGCGCAAGGCCGGCCGCGAGCCAGCGUUUAUGCGCUUCCCGACUUGGAUGUGGCGUAAUCAGGAGGUACAGGGCUUCACUGAGUGGUUGCGCGCUUGGAAUAAGAGGAAGGAUCCCAAGGGUGCUGAGGCGGUGGGGUUUUAUGGUCUGGAUUUGUAUAGUCUUGGGGCGUCUAUGAAGGCGGUUAUUGAUUACCUUGAGCAUGUGGACAAGGACAUGGCGGAGACGGCUAAGGAAAGGUAUAGUCGUAUGAUGGUCUGGGCUGAGGAUCCGCAUGAGUAUGGCUUGGAGGCCCUCGCGGCUGGGUUCAGGGGGUGUGAGAAGGACGUGGUGAGGAUGUUGAGGGAUCUGCUGGGGAAGAGGCUGGAGUAUGCCACGGCGAGUUGGGACGGGGAGGAAUUCCACAGCGGGGAGCAGAAUGCACGGUUGGUCAAGGACGCCGAACAAUACUACAAGGCCAUGUACUACGGCCGCGACGAGUCUUGGAAUCUGCGCGACAGGCACAUGUUUGAGACACUCGUGCGCGUGUUGAAGCAUCGUGGCAAGAAUGCCCCCGCCAGGGCGGUCGUGUGGGCGCACAACAGCCACGUUGGCGACGCCAGAGCUACGAGCAUGGGCUGGGCCCGUGAAGAGCUCAACAUUGGCCAGCUGUGCAAGGAGACUUUUGGCAAGACGGCAGUCAACAUUGGGUGCUCAGGAAACACGGGUACGGUUGCCGCGGCCCGCCGUUGGGACGGCGACAUGCAGGUCAUGAAGGUGAGGCCCGGACUUCCAAACAGCUAUGAGCAGCUCAUGCAUGAGACUGCGGUCAAGAGCUUUGUGCUUGACCUAAGAGAGGGACACUGCAACGAGGAGCUGAGAAAGGCGUUGAUGAAACGCCGCCUGGAGCGCUUCAUUGGCGUGAUAUACGCUCCGCAGACUGAGAGACAGUCACACUACUCAUGGGCAGUGCUGCCUGAGCAGUUUGACGGCUGGGUAUGGUUUGACGAGACGAGGCACGUCGGGGUGCUAGAGGUUCACCAGCCUCAUGUUCCCCUUGAGUUUGACGAGACAUGGCCGUUUGGUCUAUAA